CUAGGCCGUCAUUGAAAAUAAGAAUUUGUUCUUAACUGACUUGCCUAGUUAAAUGAAGGUAAAAAAUAUUUCUGUAAUUCUCAGCAUGGUGGAAGCCUUUCACAUCCUCUCUUUGAAGACUACUGCUUCAGAAGGGGACCACCAUUUCUUCAAAAAGCAUAUAAAUGCUUUCUCAAGUUGUGUAUUGGACAUGUAGACCUUUUCAAGCGACCUUGUGCACACUACCGUUCAGGGUGUCGCAGAUUCACACCUUUCUCCAGCCAUCAGACGCGCUAGGAACAAUGUUCGUCUCCAGUGCCAGCCGCCGCUAACUGCCCUCGUAGUUCACACAUUCCGACGUCACCUUUGAUCACAAGGAGAUGAGGGCGGAUAUAAAACCGGGGAUCAGGCGGUUGUGGUCAGUCAGAUUCUGGGAAUAGACUAGAGUAGUAAUAUGUCAGCCGUCCACGGAAAACUGAGGGUAGGAGACCUAACUCAAUUCCCGAUGUACCCCGAAGGACACAUGGAGAGGAAUAGCAUGCUGCAUUCAGAUUAUGGUGCUGCGGAUAGGGCAAACUACUUCAACUCCCCAAACGCCACUUUACAGAGAGCCGACAGUAUGACCCAUCGAAGGAAGAGAACCAACUUCACCCAGCAGCAGAUUGGGGUGCUGGAGAAAGUAUACUCCGACACCAAAUACCCUGACAUAUUCCUUCGUGAGAGACUUGAGGCUCUCACCGGCCUACCAGAGUCCAGAAUUCAGGUGUGGUUCCAGAACCGACGCGCAAAAUCCCGUCGCCUGGAAGGGUCGUCCAUGUCUAUGAAGCUCAAUGGUGUUGCCGCCAGCGCCCGCGUGACCCCGUUCGCGCAACUCCAUCACCGAAUGCCCAACUUCAGACCACCACUCCACAGCCGGACGGAAGAAACGCAAGCCAAGACUACACUACCCACGAAAACUGGUAACUACGAACACUCAACUAUCCCGUAUGUUGACGAUGCAUCCAUAAAUGGGAAUACAAGAAAAAUUGAGCAAAUUGAACGAGAUGAGUUGAGCGUUGCGGUUCCGUGCAACAACGUUCAUCCGUAUCACAAGGGAAAUGGACUUUACAUUAAGUCCCAGAGCAACAUAAGCGGUAGUGAAGGUACAAAACAUGUCCUGGUUGAAUAUGACAACUUUCCCCCAAACAAGACCAUAGGUCCCGAAAUGAAAGUUGUUAUCCCUCCUAUUCCUUCACAGAACAACUUAGGCAGGUCCUCUCCAAAGCAUAUCGCAUGCCAGGUACAGCAUCCUCAGGUUAAGACCAGACCUGAUAACUUUGGCCACUUCUCUCCCAUUCGUGCUAGCAAGGCUCAAGAGUUUUCUGAUUCGGAUUCAGAGUGGGAAAACGGUGCCAUGUCUGGCUUUGGUGACUUCAUGUGAAUUUUCUGUCAAUGUGAAAUUGACUGAUGGGUUCAUCACUUCAAAAUGAACGGAUGUAAGUUUGUUAUAAAGAUACUUAUUUAUUGUAUAUUAUUUUGAU